AUGGCUUUCGUAUUUUGCCAGUCGAAUCUCUCAAUUGCACUACCAAUAUCACGGAUCCGUUUCUUGACUCGCUCAUUGCGUACAUCUCAACUUCCCAGGCAGCACUCAAAUUCCGACGUCUUUGAGGUAGAACAGAAGUUUCCGCUUUCGCUAGACUCUCUGCCAAUCUUGGAAGAGCGGCUACGGAUUUUGGGUUUUGAACAAAUUACAACGAAGGAACUGACAGAUUGGUAUUUUGACAACGUUUGCAGCGACCUUGUGCAGCAGGAUUGCUGGCUACGCUACCGAGAAGAUGAGAAUCAAGGGGAAUGGCAACUCAAGAAAGGAGUAAGAGGUCAAUAUAACGGAGCAAAUACGUCGACAGUAUAUGAAGAAAUUGAAGGCGCGAAAGCUUUGAACGCUGCUGUAGACCUUUUGGCAAAAGUGGAAAGAAAAGCAGAUGUCCCUCUACCAUUCGAAUUUGCUGGUUUUGCCCCGUUUCACAUUCCGAAGCUCCUCGAGGAAAUCUCCUUGUUACAACUUCACCCCUUCGCCCGAAUUUUGACAAAAAGAGCAAGCUGGGUAUCUACUGACCAAUGCAAUAUGAUGUUUUGGGCUCUGACUGUAGAUUUGGACAUAACCGAUUUCGGAUACGCGGUGGGUGAAGUGGAAGCGAUGAUAAAGGACCGAAGAGACGUUCCUAGGGCCCGAGCAGCAAUAAAUGGCUUGGUUAAACGUCUCAAACCAGUAGGAACGCACUCUACGAUAGCGAUUGGGAAACUCGAAUAUUACCUACAGAGUCGACAACCAGAGCUUUACCAAAUGUGUAUCGAACGAGGCAUCGUAAAAGAGCCAGCUGCUGAAUGA